UCUUUCCAGCGACGUUGCGCCCAGACCUCAUCAGAUUCAGACGCAGACUUCAAAGUAUUGGAAAGUGGACGAUGUAGAAAAAUUCUGUUUUUUUUUUGUUUACGAAGUUUUUUAAAAUUUGCACUUUGAAAUAUUUGCCGCAAGGAUUUUGAAGUAAUGGCGUCUAAGAUGCAACUACGCGUAAAACACAAAGGUGGCCAAUCUGUCAUUUCAACCCUGUCAUUAACCAGUAGAGUGGAGCAAUUACUGGAUGAAUUGUCAAAAUCAACCCAGAUACCAGUGCACUUGGUUAAAAUCUUGAGGGGUUUCCCACCGAUUGCUGUGGAUAUUUCAGACAAAAAUGUUUCCCUUGGUGAAUGUGGUCUGCAAGAAAGAGACACCAUUCUUGUAGAAGAAUUAAUAGAAACACAACCUGUGCAAUCUUUACCAGUUUCCCAUGAAGACAGUACAGAACUUGGAAAAAUUGCCCCAGCAGGCAUACUACUAAGAAAAGUUGUUCCUUCUGAUAAUUCAUGCCUAUUUACAAGCAUUGGUUUUUGUCUUUCAGGCAAGCCUGAUCCCAAAUCCAGCUCAUUUAUGAGAGAACUGGUUGGGUCAACAGUUAUAAGUCAAACAGAAACAUACAAUGAAGCUUUGCUGGGAAAACCCAACAAAGAAUACCAGAAAUGGAUUCUUCAGGACGAUUCUUGGGGAGGGGCCAUUGAACUAGCUAUUUUAUCCUCUUAUUUUGGAUUGGAAAUUGAUGUUGUUAAUACUCAACACUCAAUCAUCAACAAAUUUGGUGAAGAUCAAAAUUAUGGACAAAGGAUACUUUUGAUUUAUGACGGCAUCCAUUAUGAUCCUCUCUAUCUAGAACCUUUCGACGGGAGCCAAAACAAAACGUUGUUUCCAACAUCAGAUUCUGCGGUAUUGCAACAAGCCGAAGAAUUGGCGGCCGAGGCUAGAGCGAGCCACCAGUUCACCGAUGUCAACCACUUUACGCUCAAGUGUAUGGUGUGCAAUUGCUUUUUGACGGGUCAGAUUCAAGCGCAGCAACAUGCAAAAGAAACGGGUCAUGCUAACUUUGGUGAGGUUACGGCUUCAAGUUAACGACAGAUGUUAAAGAUCUCAGGUGUGCUACAUCGUUACAAAUGUGACUAAAAGAUUUCGCAGAAGAUUUGCGUUUAGAUUUGAAUCGUGCAACAGCUUAAUGUAUUUGAAUUAUAGUUAUUCUCACUAAUUUACUUGUUUGUGCUUGACUAAAUUAACGAGAAGUAAACGGUUUUUCCCCUCUGAA